AUGAAGAGGUGCCGCGCUUACUUUGUCGGGGAGGUUGCGCUCACCGGGGUCGGUGCUUUUCAGGGACGGUGGUGCCAGCCGGCAUGCAAGUCGCAGUUGCAAAGCACGCAGAAACAAGGACGACCCGAUGGCCUUACGGUGUCGUUGAUGCGCUUAUCGGCGUCACAGCGGCGCACGGCCUCCGUAGCAUAUGCCCACGGAAAUGAAGAGCGACAACUGCUCCCAACGAGUUACAAGAAUGUUGCAGCACCGCGCCUCCUGCACGUACUCUUGCUGAAGUGCCGGCAGAAGACCGCCAAGCCGUCCAUUUUGGAUGUUGAAGCUGUACCGGAAGUCUCCAUGCUAGCAGGUGCGCAGCGAGACGCGGACGAGUCCGGUGGAAAAUGGCAUGCGGCUUUCCGGUUGUUCAGUGAAGCGAUACAGCGCCGCGGAGUGCUACCCAACAUUGCUCACAUUAAUGUGCUGCUUGGAAUUACUGUACGUGAGCGCCGUUGGCCGCAAAAGGCGGAAGUGGAAAAAUUUGUCGAACGGUUCCUUGAAGCCGCGGAGUGCAUGGGUGACGAAAGGAAAGAGUAUCUGGCGGAGCAGUUGCAAACGGGUGCUAAAGGCAAUGAAUGCACUGUGGAUGAUGUAUCCAUCCAGCAACUGAUUACGGCUAUGCGACCGACAGCAGAGACGUACGAAUGGCUCAUGGAGGCCGCCGUAAGACAGCGAGACUGGGAAGCGGCACUCACAUACUUCGGCGACGCACGUGCUGCGUGCCUACCAAUUAGUGACCUCUCACUUCGUUUGUCCCUUCGCGCCUAUCGAAUUGCUGGCGUGCACUCAAUCUUCAAGACGACCAAAAGAGAUCGGCGCGCAGUGCAAAUGAUGUCACUCCGCACGGAUCAAAGAGGGCCUGCACUCCGAUCCUCGGCGGCGCCGGCGUCACUGCGCGGUGUGGCUAACGCAGUGCGAGUGGAAUCGGAGGAUGUGCGGUAUGUGUGGCAAGCUGCCCUCUCACUGUUUGAGUCCUACAAGCAUCGUGUGCAUGAGGGACAGACGAUAGGGCUCUUUAUGACGAUGAUGACGGAGGCCGGGCAGUACCAACAGGUUAUUCGUACGCACUCUGAAUGUCAUCGUACCCUUAUUGUCGAUGAAGAUGUACUCCUUACUGUGAGCAGGGCAGCACGAGAACUUGGUGACUGGGUUUUGAGCCUGCGUUUGCUCGAGGAAAGCAGUGCAAAAGCUUCAGGGCUGCCGCAAUCGAUACUGGAAAACACCGUGCAUACCUUGCGACGGACCGGACACUACAGGGAGAUACUGCUACUUCAUGCGCAGCUUCCGCCCAUAUUCUGGUCUGCUGGGGCCUAUGUAGUUCUCGCUCAAGCCGCGGUAGUGCAACGGGAGCUGCCCUUGCUCCUAUCGCUUCUUACGGACGAAGAAGACAGAUAUGAAGACGCACAAAUGCCACACGAUGUGGAUACUGCAGCUCAUACAUCGUUACAACGAAAUCUUUCUUUCAACGUUACAACCGCUGCGUCGAUGUGUACAGGAAGGCAAAAGCAAACACCGCUGGAAAUGUUUGACGUGGCCCUACGGGCCAUUCAGGUUGAGCUCAUUCAUCGUCGGUGCAAACGUGCUGGCGAUUCUAGUACCAGUACAGGUAGCGGAAGCAUUGGCACGGGCAGCGGCAACUGCCAAGCAGGGUCGGUGACGCCACGAUACGAUUCCGUGGCAAGUCUCGCCUCGCUCUCUGUUGCUAUCUACGAAAAGUUCCUGCAUGUGUCAACACGUCAACUGAAGAAGUGGGAGCGCGACAAUUGGCCCUCCGGCUCCACAUUGACUAUCUAUGCGCCACUUUUAAAGCUUCUUGCUGUACCGCUCUGUGAAAAUCAUACCGUUGUUUCCACUAACAAGAACGUGCGCGGCUCCCCCUGCGCCCCUUGGGAAGUGGCCCUCGCGCAUGUGGCAUUGAUCAGGAGGCCUGACGCUCCGCUAAUAUGCCUUGCCGCCCACCUACUGCAGCGGUAUCAGCAAUGGGAGGCAGCCUUCAAGUUGCUGUCCCACGUGGAGCACAACGACGAGUUGGCUCAGUCUGCCGCUUUUAAAUUACGUUGUGCUCUGCAACUGGGGCCGUCUCGGGCGUCGGCAUCAGUGGAGCCAUCAAGUUAUCGUUGCACGAUCAUUUCCGCCACCUCCGUCCGUUAUGCCGUGUUAAGCGCCGCCGCCCACCGACCAGCUGCGGCGCUCCAUCUCGUACAGUAUGCACUGGCACACAGCUGGAUCGACAGUGGUAUGGCGUUGCAGCUGCUGCAGCACAUACAACGCAAUAUGAAAGAACCGGUGCAGCGCCGCACUGGCGGCAGACAAGCGACAGCGUCGAAUUCCCACAUUGGCAUGAUCGGCGGUGAAACCGAUAGCUACACUCUAUCAUGUGAUGCUAUCGUUUUUUUCAAAGAAUUUGUUUCUCUUUGGAGCCAGCAGAGUUGUGUGGUGGCCCCACUUGCACCUCUCUUCAAUGAGAUAUUAAUAUUCCUGCAGCGUGGACCUCAUACGGACCCAUCAAUAUCGUCGUUCACUGCUUUAUGUGGUUCAAUAGCAAACGUCCUCCGUCGACUCUCCACCGAAUGGAAAGUGGAGCAACACGCUGAUGUGGAGCUGGCGCUGGUUGCAGCGGUCCACGCAACUGUGCACCACGUGGGGGCUUCUACGUUGAGCCGACGAGCUCUCUGGUCGGAGUGUCUGUGUCUCGUUCAGCUCUUCCACAGUCCACUCAUUCGUCGAACCUAUACCGUAGGAGUACUGGAGGUAAAUGAGGCAACAUUUCGUGUGCUCCGUACGUUUAUAUCAAAUUGUAAUCGGUCUGAGGAGGCGUUUGUGGAGGGUAUCGCGUUUCAGUGGUUGCUGCCAGGGAAAGUACUGGAACUUCCUCAACUGGAAGAAAUUUUUAGGGCACCAGGUGGCCUCACAAGCGCUGCAAAUGCUUCGGUGUGGUGGUCGUUGGGGUUGUUGCUGUAUUCACUCGUAUGGGCAAGUCGGCUCCGCUCGAAAGAACUCGUGCGGCACUUUGUUGGAGUGCUGCUACCGCUGCUUCAGCGGCUUUUGCAGAAUGAAGGGAAUUGUACUAUCAUAAGUACUAGUGUUUCCCCAAGCGAAAUUAGGUCAGAUGGGCUGGCGGCUGCCGUUGUUGCUGUGCAGUGCCUGACAAGCGGCGCACACGAAGAGGUGCUACAUGACUGGCCCCACGUAUAUGAGCUGCUUUCAACGCUUCUCCAAGUGCCUGAACUGACUGCAACGGAGAAGGGAGAAGGGAAUGAUGUAAGUACCUUAGCAGAUGUGUUGGGCGCAGUUCUCGACAAGUUGCGUCGCUCAUUUCAUUUCCUGAUAAGGGGUGUUUCACUCAAUAAAGGUUACCGCACACACUGUCCGAAAGGUCCUACCACGCCGGCUAGUGACCGUGUAAAGGAACAUGGAACCGCGGAAGGAAAUAGUUCCGGGGAAGUGGUAGAAAGGAGUGCGUUUGUUUUUCUGGACAUCUGUGAGGAGUUAACAAAGCGCCUCUCAGUUGGAACUAAUGGCGAACGGCUUGUGCGAAACGGAAUCACAUCCUGCUUGGAUAAAGUGAUGAACUGUAUUUGGGAUGUCGGCUAUGCUUUAUUUGUGUGGCGCACACUUUUCAGUGGGUAUCCAAAUCAAGUAAACGCCAAGGUGCUGCAGCAGUUGCAAAGUCGGUACCACAGGGCCUUGUACAUGCAAAUGUUGCACCUUCCUGUACAGCAUACAACUCCGUCCAUACUGGAACGCUGGUUGGUUGUGAUGAGUGGCUGUGGCCGAAAUGGUGGAACGACAAGGACACAUGAAGAGUCGCACGAAAAUAGGUUGUGUGCUGCAAUAAUAAAUGACAUUACAACCCUGGACGCAUGGGCAAGUUGCCGUUCGUUGCCACACGAACCGGGUGCGCAUGGACGCGAGUCUCGGGGAAGGGAACCAUUGCUAAUUGUUCCGAUGGUUCUGAGAGUAAUAAAUUCAAUUACGCAAGCUGCGAUGAAGCGGUUCUCACAGUGCAAGUUGUCCCACACGAAAACGUGCUCCAAAUCAUGGAGUGGUCUUCUGCAACUCGGUGGUGGCCGAGACGUGCAUUCUCUUUUUGAAGAUCACCUUCUGGUUACCACCAUACAGCAACUACAAACCUUGCAGGAGGCGGGGUCUGCAUUGGUAUAUAUGAUGCUCUGUGAAGGGAAUACAGAAGUGUUGCAAAUGGCGCCACAGAUUAUGUCGUGGUACUUUUGCCCCCGAAACGUUAUGCAUGCAGUUGUGCACAGCAUGCAUUCCGCUUCCCCAGAUGUGCUGAAGCCUCUGUGGAAACCAGAGGUUCUCGUGGCUGCUUUUGAAGCACUGGGUGUGCAGAGUCGAAUGCAUGCAGCGGAGGGAAUCUCUCCACCACGACUUUGCGUGGGGAGUCAGGCAUCCCUCCUUUUGUCCUUGUUAACAAGUUCGUCAGUUGUCCGUGCAGUGGCGCGCAUGGAUGAAGAGGUCAUAAUCGCAGCCUUAUUGUCACUUGAGGCUGCGGAUCUUGAGCGUAGCGAUAAUGCGCAGCAGACUGCACACCAGCUGCUAGUUGCAUUUCCAAAGAUACUGGAGAGGCAACUGGUACCAAUGCUGCUGAGGGGUCAUCUUGGGGAGACACAACUGCACGCACUCGAUGUCAUCGUGGAACGCACGGCGUCGGAGGUACGUAAGGGAUCCGGCACUUGCAGUCCAGCACUCACUCGGGGUGCAGCCAUGUGGAUGCUGCUGCGCAGACCUAGCGAAAACCGUGGGGCACGAGCCGACGGAUAUGACGGUUUGGUGGAGUCCAUAACUAUGGAGGAAAGAAUAUUUUGCAAUAUAAUGAUUUUUUGUGGAUCACAGUUUGAGGUUAACAGCUGUCGAGCGGGUGCUGUGCAGACGCAGCAGCGAAAACGAAAGCAACCGGCACCAAGAGAAAUGCGUGCUCGUAAUCAGUUUAUCCCUUACGCACUUGAGUGGGAGCAAGCGCUCAAGUUACUCACUGAUGCCAACAAGGUUGAGCUAUCAGAUGUUGUGGACGUAAAUGGCGCCUUCCUUGACGUCAUAGAAAUGUAUGGUGCCUGCGUACCGAUGGCAUGGAAAGUGGGUUUCGCGAAAGAGCUACUGUCACACGAAGCCGGUUGUGACGAUCGUCACAAAGGCGAAGUCUUACCUAAAGUCCUUGUCCGCGACGUGGCAAGGGAACUCUUACAUUGUCGGUCGUUUGCACCGGGUCAACCCGUUGAUGACAGGGAGCUGUAUCGAGUUGGUUUGAAGAUAUGGUCCUCUCUUUCGACGCGGAGAGGGGCUCUUGUACAAUCUCCACCAAGUGGUGUAUGGAACUUAGUUUGGAGGAUUCUGAACGAGAUGUUGAGAAACCGUUCGCCUGUGCAUGGAAGACCUGCCGGACUUGCUGAGGUGAGUGUGCUCCCGUUCAGUCUUUGCGUGGUCGAGCGUGCGGUUACGCACAUAUUGCGCUGCGGUGUCCGCUGGUCAUUAUUGCCGGGAGAGAGGGAAGACAUACCGACGGUGGCUGCCUCGCUAUUGCUAAUGCUGGAGCUGAUAAUCCCAUGUCGAUCCCUCCGUUUGGCGCUAUUUGAGUCGGACAACAUCACCCAUGAAGAGGGCUCUGAUGCCCCCGGUUGUGUCGCUGCCAUCACUUGUGAGGAAAAUUCUACAGGGGAACAUGCAGUGUGGUCCACCCUUCUCAGUUUUGAAGUGCUACUGUUAACGUUACCUGGGCUCUUAGAUGGCAGCAGCGGAGCUGUCCCGAGCUGCGCCGCCGCCAAGGGCCAAAAUGCUCUCGAUGUCGUAACAACUCUGCCCAGGAUGUUGCUCUACUUCGCGUGCCGCCAUGUUUCGCACUUAACAUCCCUCGGAGAGGAUUCUGCUCGGGACCGGAGUGGUGCCGCGCAGGAGGAACUUGGCCGUUUGAUAGAGCUCUGUGGCUGGCACAUCGCUUCUUUUUCCAGUGCUUUGCUAACUGACAGCAUUAAAGGGGAGGCCCCAUCCACGGGGAAGCGCUUGGUCCUUGAAACCGCCGUCAAGAACUUCGUUCGCGCGGCGCUACUUAUGGGUACAUGGCGGGACAUCUAUUGGUUAGCAUUCCGCAUACUUGCCUGCGUGAAAACACUAUUUGCGCACGGAGGGCGAGCAUCAAAGCAUCCUCAAAUGUGGGGCUGGGUUGUUGGGCUGCUGCCGGCGAUGGUCGUUGCCUCUGCGCGAACGAGCAGCAGCAUUCAAGUCCAGGUUUCCACUCUCAUAAAGGAAGUCCCAUUGGACCUUUUACGUUUGGUUCCCUACGGCGAGGUCCCUACGGUAAAUGGGUUGGAUAAUGAAGAGGAGGUACGAAUACGACAGGGUGUUCUUUCUGUCCUCCUUAGGCAGGUGGAACAAAGCAUUUGGUUGAAAACGGAGGAAGUGCUGCGGGAGCGCGGACGGUCCCUCGCCUUCGCGGACCGCCUCUCAGCCGUCAAACCAUUGGUUCAACUGGGUAUGCAUCUCGAGGUGUGGAAGGGCAAUGGCGCACGAGCCAGUAGCUUCCUGGAGACGUUGCUGUUUUUCCUUUCGGAACGCCAAUUUAAACUUUUGUGCGAAGCGUCGCGUGUGGAGAACAGAAGCAAAGCCUUGUCGGUGAGGGCGGUUUCUCCGUCUGAGCGGUUGCCGCAGAAACCAGAGAUGACGUGGGAGGAAGCCCUCACACUCUUACUUCGGUCAAACAGAGCAGAAUUCUGCAGUUUCUUGCAGAAAUCUUCAUCUAGCAGUAAAUCCACAACACCGAAGCUUCACGACGCGCUGUCUAUUUUCAAAUCUUCUCAUAUUUCGUGCUGCACACCAUGGUGGGCGGCCAUCACAUUGUUUUGCAGGUCCGAUGGACCACCCCAUGUGAUUCAUGUGUUUCCUGCAUUUUUUUCUGAACGAGUGAUCGAGCGGUGUCCGUCUUGGAAGACGGCACUACGAGCACUGCAGCAUUCGUCAUCAACAGUACCACACACCACGCGAGUGCAACAAUACCUUGUGUACUUGAUACUGCGACGAUUGCGCACAGAUCCCACAUGGGCGAUAGAGGAAAGUUACACAUCCGCUCCAACUAAACUAUUGGGUGAGCACCUCUCCUGGCAAACCGCCUGCUGGUGCUACGAUCAACUGGCACGGAAGGGUAAAGGAGCUCCGCCAAUACAACAGCGGACGAUGACUGAGUUGCUUCGCCACUGCGUGCUAAACCCAGAAGCGACACUGUCCAUGUACGAGGUGUACUGGGCCCAAGGGUACAAUCGAGCAGAAGGUGUGAAUUCUUUCCUCUCGCUUCUGCGAGCAGGACGCCGCGGCAACAGCGAAAAGUUGGUGCUACGCGCAAUGCGAGACUACAUCAAACAGUGUGACGAGUGGAACGGCGCACAGUGCAACACACAGCGUCGCAAAAUAAAGAGCCCUCCAUUUACUGCCGAGGGAAACGCAACGCUGUGCCGUGCCUUCCUUAGUGUAUGCUCUGGUGGAAUUGUUUCACAGCAAGCCAGGACAGAGGUGGCGGCAGCAUUGAAACAGCGAGGAUGUAUUGGCGAAGUGGAGGAGCUUCUCAUCGUGUCCGGGUGCAGUGAAGGCGCGCGUCCGAGGGACACGUAA